CCUUUUCAUUCUCCCACUAUCAAACAUGGCGUAAUUGAGCAGAGAGAUCCAACAACCAUACUUACAGCUCCGCUGUCACAAUUCGAGACGAAGAAGCAAGAGAUCUAACACAACAAGUAAUAAAUAAGAGCUUAGAGUUCAGAGAGAGAGAGAGAGAGAGGAUGGAUAAGAUGAAUCAGGCUUUGGAGAAGAUGAAGAUGUUGGUGGGAAUGGAAGUUGAAGACGAGGAACGAGCUGCAGAAGAAGAGAGUUCUCUCUCUUUUAUGGAAGAUCUUAAUCGCAAUUGCGCUUUGACUACCAAACAGAGAUUCUAUGGAUUUGCGAUUUGCUUGUCAGCUGGCCUGGCGUGUACUCUUUUGUCGAUGCUUGUUUUCUUCAACCCGAUCAAGUUUGGCUUCACAUUCACUCUGGGAAAUUUGAUGGCACUUGGGAGCACAGCAUUCCUUAUAGGUCCACAACGGCAGGUGACGAUGAUGCUUGAUCCAGCUCGCAUCUACGCUACUGCUUUGUAUCUAGCCAGCAUUAUCAUUGCCUUGUUUUGCGCUCUCUAUGUUCGUAACAAGCUGCUGACGCUGCUUGCUAUCAUUCUUGAGUUCUCUGGUCUAAUAUGGUAUAGCUUGAGCUACAUCCCUUUUGCAAGGACCAUGGUCUCAAAGGUCUUCAUGACUUGUUUCGACACCGAGUUUUAAGCAGCCCUAUAUACACAUCGACUAAAAGAGUUUUCGUCCCAAAACCAACUGUGCGCUGUUUUAAUGAUUGGUCCAUGUUCAAAGCUGGGCUUAACUUGUUUGAUGCACGAAGAACGCUAAAUACUCUAAUGGUCUUUGGUUCUCUUUUUGGUUUUCUACUUGAGUGUUAACAUGAUGUCUUCACAAUUCGUAUCACAGUUUCCUGUAUAUUUUGUUGUGGAAUAUAAUGUAGAUUUGGUUGCGGUUCCUGUCUU